GACCCAUGUACACACACGCAGACGCACAUAUAGACAGAAGGCGAGACAAACGCGGAUGUGAUCAGUGUAGCCAACCCGGACACAACUCAUCCGUGUAUUUGAAGAAGGGAUUGGCGGACUUUUCGAGAAAUACCGGCUUUUAUCAAAGUGAAUCAGCAGUUUAGUGAGGCUUUAUAAAAGGAGACACGGAACUUUCACCAACAGAACAUUUUGUGGUGUGGACAAGGCCUUCAGCUGCUGUCGGCCAGUUUAAUUGUCAGUUUGAAGACGCACGUGCGCCUGUUCGCUAGCUGCUUACUAAACCAUGGCUGCUUUAUCGGGUUUAAAACUGGUUUACUUUGAUCUUCGCGCACGGGGCGAGCCAAUCAGGUUGGCUUUGGCCGCGGGAGGCGUCCAGUGGGAGGACGUUCGAAUCCCGAUGGAUAAGUGGAAGGAGGAGAAAAAGAAAACUCCUUUCGGACAGCUUCCGUACAUAGAGUACAAGGGCAAACAUUACUCACAAAGCGUUGCCAUCGUCAACUUUGUGGGCAAAGAACUCGGUUUGCAUGGGAAAACCAACCUCGAAAGCCUGCGUGUGGACGAGACUAUCGGCCUGUCUACAGACCUCCUGAAUGCCAUAUUUAGAGCGAAAUUCGACUCCAAAUCGAGAAAGAAGGAUGAGGCGUACAAAAAACUUUCCGAAGAAGAAAUUCCAAAGUAUCUAAGUUUCCUCCAGAGAUUGCUGAAAGAAAAUGGAGGCAACGGUUUCUUCGUGAGCAACUCCCUGACAGUAGCUGACCUCUUCGUGUAGUGUUUGGACUCCGUGCUGGUAGAAUUUCCAGACGCUGAGGAAUCCUUUCCCCCGGAAGUGAAGAAGCUUCGAACCAACGUGGAAGCCAAUCCUCGAGUCAAGUCCUAUUUGGCCAGCAGGAAGUCUGUCCCUUUCUGAGAAUAUAAGGCGGUGAAGAGAAGAGUAUGAAUAUUAAGUAGACAUUUCUUCAAAAGAAAAGGUGGAUAAACAGUCUCCUGAAGUGAUGCCAGACAUGUAUGCCAACAGUUUUUUUACUUUUAUUUAUUUGCAUAAGUUUUGCAGUGGUGAAUUUACAGUCCACUUAAAAUUCCAUAAUUGAUCAAACUUUAUGCGUGCUCGUCUCUCACUUAUUGAUCAAGUGACUAAUUUGAUGUUUAAUAAACAUUGCCCUUUGAAAUAACGACCUAAUGAAGUAGCAAAGUAACACACCAAAUAUUUCAUGUGUGCCGAUCUGGAUACUUUGAAAAAAAUUCUGCUGCUUGUUGUCCAAAAUUGACUUUGUAAUGUUUGUUAAAUAUUGAAGUGUUCUGUUAUUUCAAACGUUUGUAUUUUUUAAUGAAUUUAUGAUGAUACAUGUUUUGUGAAUGAGCGCAUGAUAUUAAUAUUCUAGGACAGGUAGAAGAUAUUAAGAAAGAUUGCUUUCAAAGGUGUUAAUUUUCUCUCUCAGUCUGUAGUGAGCAGAGUGUGUCUAGGUACUCAUAAAAUAAUCUCACGUGUGUAUGUGUGAAACUUGGGAAAGAAUGAAAGAAUAAAUAUGGUCACCAUUAUAACUAUCCAUGACUCUGUAAAUAAACACGAUGAUGUCAC